AUGGACCGACCACCCCCGGCAAAGCGGCCGCGCCUGUCAAUGGCAUGCAAUAUAUGCCGCCAGCGAAAGGUGAAAUGCGACGCCGAGUAUCCUAAAUGUCGAAACUGUCGGGCCAGGAAUCAGUCCUGUGUUACCACUGACCCCCAGCGACCUGGAUGCCCUGGAGUGCGCGAAUGGCUGGAGCUGCCCGAGAAAGGGCAGAACAACAUAACUACUGCACCAGUGAAUGGAGCGUCACAGGAGACUGUAUCAGGAUCAGGAUUAAGCCCUGCCCGACAUGCACAGACUGGCGAGGGUGAAGCUGGCCCUGACAGCGAAGAGUCGCCCGUUCGCCAGCCCUUUGAUACUUCGGUCAACACCGAGCAGGGCACAAAUCGCACCAAGAUCCUGGGAGGAAGCAGCUCACAAUGUCUCGCCAAGUCGCUGGAUGUCUACUUCAAGGCAGUGCGGAUGAAGCCUGUGUCCGGCUUCUUUCGGCAUGGCAUGCGGCAUGCCGAGGAAUUAGACAUCGCCCUGGCUUUGAUGCUCCCUGACCUGCCUGAUGCUCAGAGACGAGGGCGCUUUCUCGCUGUUUACCAGUCGCGAAUAUAUCCACUGUACCCUUUCUUCAGCCUAGCCGCCCUCACAGCCAAAGAAGGCGAGCGCUAUCUCCACGCUGCUGCGAGCCUGCUGGCGCAUAUCAUCGUCGUGCCCUAUGUGCCCACAGUUCAGGCUCUCCUACUAUUUACCAUUGCCUACCGUGGCCACAAUCAAGAGGGUCUGGCCUGGCAAACGCUAGGAAUGGCCAUCAGAAUUGCGUACACCCUUGGACUUCAUCGUCCAUCAAAACACACAUGCAAGGAAUCCGCCGAGCAUAAUCUGCAUACCCACAUCUGGGCAGUCUGCUGCUCCUUCGAGAAAGUAAUGCAUCUCGCCUCCGGAUGGCCAACACUUAUACCAGACGAUCUCAUGGCCCAGCCAGAGUCACUAACAAGCACAAAAAACCGUUUCCUCCAAUGGCACUUGGGGCUGGCGCAUUACCAAGGCAGCAUCAGCCAGCACCUCUACAGCUACCGUCGCUCGACGUCCCAAAGCAACAGUACCGAUCGACAGAUCCUCCUCGACACAGCACGCCUCGACCGCGGCCUUCUCUCCUGGGCGAACCAAAUCCCCUCUGAGCUCCGUCCGGGAAACGACAUCAUCUGCUCGAACGACGAAUUCCACAUCAUCGCCUUCCUUUCCAUCGAGUACCACGGCACAAUGAUAGCCCUGCACCGCGCCGCACUCAUCGCCCCAAAGUCCAAGAUCGAAGAAGAGGUAAUGAAACACUGUCCAGACGACCCAUCACGGUUCCGUCUCGCGAAUGGCGAAACCGUAUGCGUGAAUAGCGCUCGCGCCAUUGCGAAACUCAGCAUCGAGUUGCAGGAUCGCGGGUCCGAUAGCUGCCUUAUACCCGCUGGCACUGCUGGUCUCGCCUGUAUUUCGCUCGCCAUAUACCUACUGAAGAACCCCUCGUCGCGGCUACAGGCUACGGAUAUGCAGCUGUUGAAGGCUUGUCUUUCCUAUUCGAGCACGCGGUUCGCGCAGUGUAAUAUCGACCCGAGGUAUAUUGAGGGUCUUGCUAUGAUUUACGAGCAGAUCCAGAGUCGCUUGGAGGGACUGCCAGGGGGAGCAGCAGAGUCCAAACCGGCAAUAUCGAAUCCUCUCUGCCCUCUCCCUACUCCAGCGAGCAAUGCACCGGUUACCCCUGUAACAGCCCACGGCUCCAACCACGGCCGAACUAACGGACUUCACCAGUUGGGACCGCGGAGAGCGCAGUCAUUCUCCCAUCCUGUCUCCGACGUGCGGGGCUCGAUCCAGCCUGACUGGACACAUCCCGUGCAAGACCUUUCGCUGGAUAAUAACACGAAUUCUUUCCUAGAGCUGCCUGGGCCGGAUACGGCAGACCUCCCCAAUGGACUAGACGAGAUGUACCCCUUCGAGGGAUUUAAUGUUGAGGAUUUGUGGAACUGGAUGUUGUACUUUGAUAGCCCACCGAGUGCGGAUGUUGCGUAA